AUUAUUUUUUUUAUGUUUUAUUUUUUAUAUUAAUUAUUUUUUUUAAAUUAAUAUAUAAACAAACUAGAUAUGUUAAUGUGUAUCUCAAUUUGGACUGUUAAUUUGGUAGUAACCUUUCAAAUAAUUUGAAAUCUACAAAUGAGCCAUUGAAUCAGAACAAUCGCCGUUUUCUGUGUUUUGUUGCAUUUUCAGGGUUUAUGCUUCUCGAAAUGCGUGUCGUAUUGGAUUUCCGUCGGCUCUUCUUCACAAAAAAUCCCGUCGGUUUUGUCCGCUUGUUUUGCUCUACACCGGCACUGCCACAGUUGGAAUCGUCAAAGGACGCCGACUUGAUUUCUGAGCUACUCCUUCAACACCACAAUCCAUUUCAUGCCAUGGAAUCCUCUCUUCAGCUCCAUGGCAUUUCCUUCACCCCUUUCCUUGUCCAUCAGACUCUCCUCCGCCUCAAGCACUCUUCUAAAGUUGCCCUCUCCUUCUUUCACUAUGUAUAUUCCCAAUCCCAUCCCAAUUCCACCGAUGACACCUGCACCACCGCUUUCAAUCUCCUCAUUGACAUUCUAUGCAAAGUUCGACAGUUCGAUGUUGCCUGGCAGCUUAUUAUCCAAAUGGACCAGAAAUCCAUUAAAAUUACCUUCACUACUUUCUAUUUGUUGAUCCGUAGGCUUAUCUCUGCUGGCUUCACCCGUCAAGCUAUUCGGACCUUCACUGAAAUGCACGUAUUUCUCGAUGAACAAAGUGAAGAUGAAGUUUGGAAAUCCCACUUCUGUUAUCUUCUUGAUACCCUUUGUAAAUAUGGAUAUGUCAAGGUGGCUACUGAAGUUUUCAAUAAAGAGAAAUGGAGAUUGGAGCUCAACUGUAAGGUUUAUACCAUUCUGAUUUAUGGUUGGUGUAAAGUGAAGAAUAUAGAGAUGGCAAGGAGGUUUCUUGGGGAGAUGUUGGACAAGGGAAUUGAUCCAAAUGUGGUCAGUUACAAUGUGUUGUUGAAUGGAAUUUGCAGGAGAGCAAGUUUGCACCCGGAUGGUAGGUUUGACAAGGUAAUUAGGGAAGCAGAGAAGGUGUUUAAGGAAAUGACUGAAAGAGGUGUGGAACCAGAUGUGACCAGCUACUCCAUACUCCUCCAUGUCUAUAGCCGGGCUCAUAAGCCUGAGUUAUCACUUGAAAAAUUAAGGAUUAUGAGACACACAGGGAUAUGCCCGAAUAUUGUGACAUAUACCUCCGUCAUCAAGUGCCUCUGCUCUUGUGGUAUGCUUGAAGAUGCGGAGCUGUUACUCGAGCAAAUGGUUUCUAACGGGGUAACUCCCACAUCCACAAAUUACAAUUGUUUCUUUAAAGAGUUUAAAGGGAGGAAGGAUGUCGAUGGUGCAUUGAGGUUGUACAAGAAAAUGAAGCAGGAUUCCCUCUGCUCACCAAGCGUGUGUACAUUCAAUAUAUUGUUGGGGAUGUUAUUGAAAUUGGGCAGAAUAGGGAUGGCAAGAGAUAUUUGGGACGAUAUGAAGGAUUCUGGAGCGGGGCCUGAUUUAGAUUCAUAUACAUUGUUGAUUCAUGGAUUUUGUGAGAAACAAAAAUGGAAAACGGCCUGUGAAUUCUUUAUGGAAAUGAUAGAAAAGGGAUUUCUGCCACACAAGGUCACCUUCGAGACCCUUUAUAGAGGCUUAAUACAAUCCAAUAUGCUGAGAACUUGGAGAAGGUUAAAAAAAAGGCUUGAUGAGGAAUCAAUAACUUUUGGUUCAGAAUUUGAAAGUUAUCACCUCAAGCCUUAUAGAAGGUAAUCUGAUGAAGUUCUGCAAUGGGUACAAGGCUGAAUAAUCUGAUGUCAAGAUAAAGAUCUAACUGAUAUUUCCUGAUUCAUGGGGAGCUAUUUAUAAUUGAUGAUGUAACAGAAUCAAGGACCAAAGUAAGAUCUUAGUGGAUAGAGUUAUCUGUACUUGUUGCUGGUCGGAGGUGGCAGGUAUCCCGUGGAUUUAGUUGAGGUGCGCACAAGCUGGCGUGGAUACCACGGUUAAUAAAAAAAGGGACUGAAGGAUCUGAAACUGGUAAGAUUAUUCAAUCGAGUAAUUAGCUACUGCUGGAAAUAAUCAAAACUGUUGUUAAACUGUAAGAAGGGAUGGUUGAUAGUUCCACCUCGAGAAUAUGUUGAAUAAGAAUUAGUGAAGCUUUAGACACUGUAGCAAUAUGCCCCUUCGCCAACCAAUAUGCCCCUUCGCCAACCAAUAUGCCCCUUCGCCAACCAAUAUGCCCUUACCUUAUUUUAAGCUUCCUAAAAGUGUCUUUUGUUCUGUCAAGAGGAGGUUCUGUCAAGAGGAGGAAGGAACGAAGAAUUUGUGAGAAAAGAGGGGAAAUAGAAAAUCACAUGAGAAUAUUAGAAUCUGUCAAAUAUGGACGUAAAAUUAAUCGAGGGACGUUUUUUUAUCAACUUUGGGAAGCUUAAAGGAAGUUUUAGGUUUAAGUGAAAUAUUGUAAGGAUGCAGUGAAAGUUGGGUGAAAUAAGAGGGAUGAUUUUGGUCAAAUUCUCACAAAUGUUAUUACCAAAAUAGUAUAUCUCGUCAUUUCUAUAAACGCUUAAACCCUAGUGAGUGACCACCAUUUCAUCUCGACACAACAAUGUCGGACGUUCUGCCUGAAAUAAUCAGUGAAAUACUUACUCCACUUCCAGUGAAGUCACUGAUGAAUUCAGAUGUGUAUCGAAAUCAUUCAAAUCCCUUAUCGACAUCCCAAAAUUCAUCGAAGCUCACCUCAGCCGACAAACACAGAAACCCAACUCAGAUACGAAGAUUAUUCUCGAGGCUCACAACAUUUUUUCGCUUCACUUCAGUUCAAUCUAUAACGGAGUAUGAACCCAACAACCAAUAGAUCUUGAGCACCCGUUGAAGCAGUUUUAUCGCCGAACUCAGGUACUAGGUUGUCACCGUGGUUUGAUUUUUAUUAACAACUUGAUUGACAAUGUUGCUGUGUGGAAUCCAUCCACUAAGAUGUUCCGUAAAUUGCCUGUAUGUCGAAUGAAACCUCCAAGCAGAAUUCCACAGGUACAGGGUCCUGGGUAGGCCAAAAUUUGCAGUGGUUUUGGGUAUGAUGCUUCUGACGAUGAUUAUAAGGUGGAUAGAACAACCCAAUGGUGCUACCACCCAUAUGAUCAACCUACUUUAGUCUCUGAGGUUAUGGUUUAUAGUUUGAAGUUGGGUGUGUGGAAGAUUGUUCAAGAUUGUAUUUACUGGUUGCUUAGGGAAGUUAAUGGCACAUUUGCGGGAGGUGCAUUAAACUGGAUAGCAACUAAGGAUCCAUUUGUGGGGAGGAGCUCGUUGAUUCUUGUUGGUUAAUCUUGAAAGUGAGACGUUUGAGGAGAUGCCAUUUCCUGAGAAUUUGGGCAAGCCAUCCCAAUUGAAUUUGACUGAAUUGGGAGAAUGCCUUUGUCUGCGUUUAGGUUACGUCGCUGAUGCAAGGAAUAAGGUGUUGGAUCAUGUUGACAUAUGGGUGAUGAAGGACUAUGGAGUGAAAGAGUCUUGGGGAAAGUUGUUUUCAGUUGAGCAAUUAGAGGGUCACCAACAUUUCAGUUAUCUAAGGCCAAUAUCAUUCUCAGUGACUGGUAGGGAAGUUCUUCUGGAAAUGGAUCAUAGAAAGUCCCAUGGUAUAAUAUUGAGGAAAAGGCGCUCAAACGUGCUAAGAUUAGUGUGGGGUUGGACUAUUUCGAAUCCUUUGUCAGUUUGGGAACCCUUGUCCCUUUAUAUGGAGGUGGAAAUGAAAGGAUGGAUUUUGAAGCAACAGGAGAGAAGUUUGAAAUUAGAGUAUAAAAAGGUGAGUGAAUGCAUAUUUUAUUUUAUAUUUCUGCUUUAUUGUUGCUUCUCCUUGGCAAUGGAGACUUAGCAUGUAAUUGCAGUUUGUUUGAUUAAGCUUUAUAGCGGCAAUCACGUUUUCUACUAACUGAAUAUGAGGAACAAGAGUAUAAUUGUAAAUCCUAAAUGUCUUUCCCUAUUGUUUGUAAA